GUCAGUCUCUCUCUCUCUCUCUCUCUCUCUCUCUCUCUCUCUAAAGAGUUCCAGUUCAACUUUGCUUGCAUUUAUGCCGUACGAUCAUAUAGUCGUCGCUCGAAUCAAUCAGGAAGUUUCUGCGGCACUGUCGUUCUCCGGUUACUGAUUUCCUAGGGCUUCAGCCACUGCAUUCUUUCCACUUCACAAGCUUCAAUUCGCAGGAUAUUUCCGACCUAGGGUUAUGUUAUCGUUUCUGGUAUCAUUGGUGUUGAUUAAAGGGCUAUGAGUUCGAAUCACCUGGUAUAAUCUAUCGUGCGUAUUGAAGCAUGCUUCCUGCGUAAAAUAUCAUUGUCUCCACUUUGCGAACGAUAGAAGAUUUUUGCGUUAAGAUCAGGGUUUCCUCUUUCUCUGCCCCUCUUUAGAUCGUCGCACGCUGUUAUUUAAACUCGAGAUGGCAAAAUAGGUGAAUUCGAUAUUUUAAUUCAGAGUAGUUGUAAUUCUACAAGAGAGUCGAUCAAUUGCAUAAUUUGAGUUUGCGCGAGACUUUAUAUUUCACGAACCGACGUAUGCAUGUGUAAUACCCUAAUCUAACCGGAAAUGAUUAUCUAAAUAGAUACUGUCUUCCUUCUACGGGAAGCGAGCGGCAGGGUAUAGUCAUGGAUCUUUAGGACUAAUUUGAUGGUUUGUCGUGAAAUUCCAGGGAACUUCCUAAGAAAAAUCUGUGCUAAGCAGUAGGUUGUAAUAUACAGCAUUGUGGAUCGGGUGUAAACUGUUAGGAGAGUCAUGGCGAAGAAGGAUAGGUUUCCUGAUGCUUAUUCCGGUGGAUUUCCUCACAAUGAAGAAUCUGAAGGGUCUGGUUGUUCUGGACGUGAUCAUAUGGAGACAUCUGGCUAUGAGAACUCAAGUGGCCAUAGAAAGAAAUGGAUUAAGUUGAGCUCUGCAUUGCAUGAUGGUUUUGGUGUGCCUAUACAAAGCGUCCCCUUGUCAACACUUCCAUCUUCUGACAAACAGAAGUGGUUACUUCGGUUGCGAUCUGAACUUGAUCAAGUGAGGACAUUUCAGAAGAGAGUGGAUGUGGACAGGGCUCAUGUAACAAUGUCAUCUUCCAGCAAUAUCAUUAGCUCCAACAAAGUUCAAGGAAACCUAACAAACUUGAGGAAAUCAAUUGAUCCACAAGCUCAGAAGGCACGAGGCACAAGUCCAGGUGUUACAAGGUUACAAUCUGUAAAUGAACCAGCUUUACCAGAGACUUUCAGUCUACAAUUGAGGAAACAGUGUGAGAACCUGUUAAAGAAGUUAAUGACACAUCAGCAUGGUUGGGUGUUCAAUAAACCUGUUGAUGUUGUUGCCCUGAAAAUUCCAGAUUACUUCAACGUUAUCAAGAAACCCAUGGAUUUAGGGACCAUAAAAGUUAAACUCAGCUCAGGUAACUAUUCAAGUCCGCUUCAGUUUGCUGCUGAUGUCAGGCUCACCUUCUCAAACGCCAUGACAUAUAACCCUCCAGGCAAUGAUGUGCAUAUCAUGGCAGAUAUUCUUAGUAAGUUUUUUGAACUAAGAUGGAAGCCUAUUGAGAAGAAACUACCAGCAAAUGGUUCUCAACAACAACAACAACAACAACCAGUUCAUGAAGUGAUUGAUUUAGUUAAGCCAAUGCCUCCUUCAAAGAAGAGAAAAGUUACCUCAAUACAAGAAAAGCUGUUGCCUGAGCCAGUUAAGUUGGUGAUGACAAAUGAAGAAAAACAUAAUCUAAGUAGGGAGUUGGAAACUCAUAUGAGUGAUCUACCAGAUAAUAUCAUCGACUUUUUGAAGAAACAUGGUUCAAAUGGUAGUGAAGCUGGAGAAGAUGAGAUUGAGAUUGAUAUUGAUGUUCUUAAUGAUGCGGCUCUGUUUGAAUUACGCAAGAUGUUGGAUGACCAUGCUCGAGAGAAACAAACCCAUGCAAAAGCAGAACCUUGUGUCAUUGAGCUUUUAAAUGAAUCAGGGCUUAGUAACUCAACUAUGCAGUUAUACAAAGGGAAUGAUGUUGCGGAUGAGGAUGUAGAUGCUGGUGGGAAUGAGGCUCCUGUUUCAAGCUAUCCUCCUGUUGAAUUAGAUAACAGAAACAACAACAAACAGACUACUUCAGGAGGCGUCUCUAGUGAUUCUGAUUCUAGCAGUGCUUCUGAAAAGGAGGUAAAAGAUGUUAAAGCUGCUAUUUCGUUUACUGGGGCAAAGCAGCAGCAGGAGGAUGAGGAGAGGAAUGGUGGUGGAACAGAUUCGGAUGAGAAGACAGACAUGAAGCAUUCAGCAGGAAAUAAGUGGGUCUCAGAUGGUGAAGAAAAUUCACAGCAGAGCCAGAGCCAGAAGCCAAACAAAAUGAAUGAUAGUAGCCAGAAGGAGAAGGACGAUGAUGGGGAAGUGGAUGAAAACGAGAGACAGGUGUCACCUGAUAAGCUGUACAGGGCUGCACUUUUGAAAAACCGUUUUGCGGACACAAUUCUAAAAGCUCGAGAGAAAACACUCCACCAGGACGAAAAAGCGGACCCCCAGCAACUUGAAAACCAAAAAAGGAAAGAAAAAGCGCGACUGCAAGCAGAAGCCAAGGCAGCAGAAGAUGCUCGAAGGCGAGUGGAGGCGGAAGCUGCUGCCGAAGCAAAACGGAAAAGAGACCUGGAGAGGGAAGCAGCCCGACAAGCAUUACUCAAGAUUGAAAAGACGGUUGAGAUCGAUGAGGCUUCUCGGUUUCUGAAAGACUUGGAAAUGCUAAGGGCUGCAGAGCCAGACCAGAUGCUACCGAGUUGCUUAGAUGAGAUAAGCCCUGGCCCCGACUCACAGGAUGGGUCCGGCUCGGGUUCGGGUUCGGGUUCGGGUUCAGGAUUAGGGAGUUUUAAAUUUGGAGGCACCAAUGCUUUGGAACAACUAGGCUUAUAUAUGAAAAGGGAUGAAGAUGAUGAACAUGAAGAAGAGGAAGAGGAAGAACCACUUGCUUUUGUGGGUGUUGGGGUAGUAAAUAAUGACGUCGAAGAGGGUGAAAUCAACUGACUGCUGUUGCUGCUGCUUGCUGAUAAAUUAUGCCAUCAUCAUGACAUGAUACAUGAUACAUGAUACAUGAUACAUGAUUGUUGGUAAGUGCUGAUGAAUCAAGGAGCCAGCCAGGAGUAGCAAGUGUUGGCAUCACAUCACAUGGCUCCAACAAAGCAUCAUGUAAUGUAAUCCUUUGUUUUGUCUUAGAAGACUCUUGGUUUCGACUUUAUUAACUUUCUAUAUAUAAUAACAUUAAUUAAUUUAUACCA